GACUCGACGAUGUCGUCGAAAAGUCGCUGAAAUUUCUAUCCUGCAAUCACUUGACUCGUUCGCCAUCAGCGAAAAUUAAAAUAAAAAUGGAUUAAAAAAUAGGUUUUCAGCUUACAAAAAGUGAUUUUACAUUAAAGAAACAGCUACCGAUCAUAUGUGUGUGGUGAUUUUCAUUAUGUGACUUCCAAUAUCGGAAUUAAAACGAAGUUAUCCUAAUCUGCACUGUGGGACUCAUAUUGGGAAGAGUGAAAAUUGUGACGAUUAUGUGCCACCAUAUCAAGUGAGGGGAGUUCAAGUGCAUUGUUGUUUGUUGGGUAAUGAAAAACGGGAUUCCGGAUUGGUGUUAUUUGGUUCCCUACGAAAUGGAAACUCCUGGCUGAGCGAUAACUAGCUCUGAAUGUUUUGAUUCCUCUGCUUUAGGGAGGCAUUUAAUAGUGUGAUUAAUUAACGUAACAGUAGGUGUUUAAUGAAAAUUUCUUGCAACGUCAAGCGAAAAAAUAUACAAAAUCCUCAAUCAUCAAUAAGUUUCGUGUGAAAAAGGUGCAUCAACAAAACAAAACUGAAAAGAAUAAUUCAAACGCCGAUUUGUAACUGAAAAACAUUGGCCUGUUAGUUUGUUUAAUCUUCAGGCUAGUUAACAGCACUUGAAUAAGUAAAUUUAAUAAAAAAGGAACCAGGAAGCUAUUACCAAUGGAGGAAGGAAGUCACCAAUUAAGCGUAACAAUCGAGCACGCUUCGCUUCGGAAUAACGGCUUUCUGAAGCCAAAUCCCUACGUAGACAUAUUCAUCGACAAUAAAAGUAGCCGCAAGACCGACUUUCUCAAGAACACGAACGCUCCAAAAUGGAACGAACGGUUCACGGUGAUAGUUUCGCCAAGCUCCGUUAUCCACUUUCGGGUGCUAGAUCACUCGAGUUUCCGAAAAGAUUCGGUUCUGGGCCAGCAAACCGUUUUCUUGGCCAACAUCCUAGAACACUACAACGGUGUGCUGGACAACCUGGAGCUCAGCAUGGAUUUGUUGACGGAUGGCUCCUCGAAGGCGGGUGAACCAAGGCAACCGACCAAAACAGGAGAACUUGUGGUGGUGCUGAAUGGACUGCGAAUCGACCUGCGAGCGUUGGCAUUAAGAAGUGGCAACGGGACUGCUAUGAGCAGUGGUGAUGUCUCUUCCGGUCAACACAUCCCGGGUCAGGUCAACGGCAACGGACAUUCAUCGAUGGAUUCUAUGGGUGCCGGCAGUAGCAGCAGAAGUAGUAUCCUGAAUGGUGGUAUUCGUGCUCGUAUGCGAUUACGUGGCACUACAACAUUAGCCGCUCAGUCGCAAUUACAACCACCAGGCAGUGGUACGUCGAGUGGACAACAGCUUCUGCAACCUCAUCAUUCCCCAUCUACUGGCAGUAACAACGGUGGUAACAGUUCGGGCGAUUGUGCGUCCGUCAAUAGUGUAGCUGCUAAUUUCAAUGAUUUGAGCAUACAUUCCAAUGCUGGAGGCUUACCAGCAGCAGCAGCAAUGGGAAAUGGUGCAUCCAUGCCAAUGGUCGGUGUUGCAACGGGCGCAGUUAGACGAAGCAGUGGUAUCAAUUGGGAUCAACAGCAACAACAACAGCAGCAAGCUCAGGUGGUGCAUCCAGCAAUGGCCGCUGGACAUCCUCGGCUUGGUCCAGCAUAUUCAAACUCUUCACAAGAUUCGUUAAUAAAUGGAGUUCCCAACGGUGCUAAUCAUGGUCAAAGUGGUGUAAUUGUUCCGAUAAAUGGUGGUCCCGUCCAAGGACAAAUUGCGAAUGUCAAUGCAGCAGGUGCGUUGGUUCCCAUGGGUGGUAGUCUCACAGACCAACAAAUGAUGCUACAAGCAGCAGCUCAACAACAGCAGGUCGAUGAUGAGCCAUUGCCAACGGGGUGGGAAAUGCGAGUGGAUAAGUAUGGUCGUCGUUAUUACGUCGAUCACAAUACUAGGUCUACGUAUUGGGAAAAACCACAACCACUCCCAGUGGGAUGGGAAAUGCGUCGAGAUGCUAGGGGUAGGGUUUACUAUGUAGAUCACAAUACCCGUACAACAACCUGGCAACGACCAAACAGUGAACGUUUGAUGCAUUUUCAGCAUUGGCAAGGUCAACGUCAGCAUAUUAUUUCCCAGGGCAAUCAAAGAUUCCUUUAUCCGCAGCAUGCUCAACAGUCAAAUGCGGCACCAGUUCAGGAAGAGGAUGAUGGACUAGGAUCGCUUCCGGAUGGUUGGGAAAAACGCGUUCAGCCUGAUAAUCGUGUCUACUUUGUCAAUCAUAAAAACCGUACCACCCAAUGGGAAGAUCCUAGAACCCAAGGUCAAGAAGUCAGCAUGCUUGCCGAAGGGCCACUUCCUCCAGGAUGGGAAAUACGUUAUACUGCAACUGGAGAACGAUUUUUCGUUGAUCAUAACAAUCGUAAAACUACGUUCGAUGACCCACGGCCUGGUGCACCGAAAGGUGGAAAAGGUGUCUACGGAGUCCCGCGAGCUUAUGAGCGUUCUUUCCGAUGGAAAUUAAGUCAGUUUCGGUAUCUUUGCCAAAGUAACGCCCUUGCGUCCCAUAUCAAAAUUACCCUCACGCGUCAAACGUUGUUUGAAGAUUCCUAUCAUCAAAUCAUGCGACUACCUGCGUACGAACUACGUCGUAGGUUGUAUAUCAUAUUCCGUGGCGAAGAAGGACUCGACUACGGUGGUGUUUCAAGAGAAUGGUUUUUCUUGCUGUCCCAUGAAGUACUUAACCCCAUGUAUUGUUUGUUUGAGUACGCUAAUAAGAACAACUACAGCCUGCAAAUCAAUCCUGCCAGUUACGUCAAUCCGGACCACCUGCAAUAUUUCAAAUUUAUCGGUCGAUUUAUCGCCAUGGCACUGUACCAUGGAAGGUUUAUUUACUCCGGCUUUACUAUGCCGUUCUACAAACGGAUGCUAAACAAGAAGCUUACUACCAAAGAUAUCGAAUCGAUCGAUCCGGAGUUCUACAACUCGCUCAUUUGGGUGCGCGACAAUAAUAUCGACGAAUGCGGCUUAGAGCUAUGGUUUAGCGUUGAUUUUGAAGUGCUCGGACAGAUUAUUCAUCACGAGCUGAAGGAAGAAGGCGAUAAGGAACGCGUUACGGAAGAAAACAAAGAAGAGUACAUUUCGCUAAUGACUGAAUGGAGGAUGACACGCGGUAUCGAAGAGCAAACCAAAACUUUCCUGGAUGGUUUCAACGAGGUGGUGCCUUUGGAGUGGCUAAAAUACUUCGACGAGCGUGAGCUCGAACUGAUGCUCUGCGGUAUGCAAGAAAUCGACGUUGACGAUUGGCAACGAAACUCCAUCUACAGGCACUACAAUCGUAAUAGCAAACAAGUGGUUUGGUUUUGGCAGUUUGUCCGCGAGACCGAUAAUGAGAAACGGGCUCGGCUCCUGCAAUUCGUGACCGGGACUUGUCGGGUACCAGUGGGUGGUUUUGCCGAACUAAUGGGAUCCAAUGGACCGCAACGAUUCUGUAUCGAGAAAGUUGGCAAGGACACGUGGCUACCCAGGUCGCAUACCUGCUUCAAUCGACUGGAUUUGCCACCGUACAAAAGCUACGAUCAGUUGGUCGAAAAGCUAAACUACGCCAUCGAAGAGACUGAGGGCUUUGGUCAGGAAUAAACUAUGCAAUCUGUAUUAGGUCAAACGAAGGGUGCAGACAUUGAGAGGGAAGCAUUUGUGAAGAAUAAUUCGUUCCUAAACAAUACCGUUGAAAGUCUACAACGUGGAAGCAUCGAUUGAAUUCUGCAUCCAAAGCUUAGCGUUUACACAUUGACACAAGAUUCAUAGAUUUUCACUGGUGUUGCACUGGAAUAAAUUGCAUUUGAAAAGAAAAUGUUAGCGUUGACCAAAAUAAUAGUUUCUUUUUUUUCUCAAAAGUUCUGUAUAUUUUAAACGUCCGGUCCUUUUUGAAAGAUAUUUCGGAAAUUGCAAAAUUUUGAAGUUGAAUAAUUGUUGAGUUUCUUUUUUUGCAAAUGAUAUAAAAUAAUCGAUUAAGGCAUAGGACAUUGCUCGCAAUUAAACGUUAUACUGUAAAUAUUUUUUAAACCAAUGCGCAGAUUAGAUUAAAAAUCGGCAUUUCCCUGUUCCAAAAAACGUGAUAAAUUUGUAGGCAAUUAAAAAUUAUUGUAUAAUUGAACCAACCUGUACAUAAUGCAACACUGUAGGCCUAGUUAAAGUAGAAAAUCUUGUAAAGAAAAAAAAAUCCUUUAAAGUAACACCGCAUCACUAUUGAAAAUCGUUGUCUAUGAUAGUGUUAUUCUUGUACUAAAAACAAAAUGCGUAUUAACUUAGUCUGCUUUAUUACGAAAUUUUAACAAAAGAAAACUCGACAACAACAAAUCUAAUUCAAACUAGAUUUCAUAACUGUUUCCAACCUAAACAUAUUAAUUAUUUCCAUAUCCACAGUUGUUCAAUAUGACCGUUUUUACUGGGUUUUGUCUACCACAAUUCACAAAUUUGGGGCCAUGUUACAAAGAAAAUAAAUAAUACCUAUUCGUGUUGAGUAGCAGCCACAUUUGCUGUAUAUGUCUUGACUCGUGCAGAAUGAAAACGAAAAACAAAGAUUACAAUCACAACUCAAAAAACUUUAAAAAAAGAAGAAUAGAACAUAAUUUUCUAUGUAGGAGCAUUGUAAAAGAAUACUUUAUUUUUCUGAAUGGUUUAGAGCAGUACGAGAGUAUAAGAGCUGCAACUGUUUUUCGAUAGUUUCAAGAAGACCCUAGUCGAAAAAAAUGAUGACUAUAGGCAAUUGAAUUGCUUGCUAGCAACAUAGAAAAAAAAAAAUAUUGCCAGAAACGACAAUGUCAAACAUGUUCUGGUAAGCCUUUGUUUCAAUAAGUUUUAAAGACAGAAGAACUGUGUACUAAACGUUUGUUUUUUAACGGUGUAAAUAGGUUGUGCUCAUCAAGAGGGAUUGUAUACAAUAGAGGGUAUUAUUAUGUUUUUUUUUGU